AGUUUUACGUACCGGACAGAUCCCUUUACCUCCAGCGCCGCUACUGCAUAUGGUAUUAGCAGUAAUUAUACUACCUCCAUAAACUGCGGAGCAUUCCGCGUUACUGAUUACAAUGGAAGUUGUCUCCCUUAAAGUCGGACUUAAAGGCCCAUUGAUGUCGUCUAAAUAAUUAACAAUCGGUUGAAAUUGUUGUUUGUUUGUUUACUUUUUGACGCCAAAAUACCCCAGCCCUUCAACGACAGAACUAUUUAUUUUUUUGCCUGUAGAGAAGGGCCGUGAUGUCAUCUCUGGCCCCUGGACCAUAACACUUCAAAGUAGUAACAUCCGUUCGUAUUGCCAUGAACGAAUCCUUGGUCUCAGCAAAAACGCUUGCAAAAACGGAGAAGCCAAACAGCCAAUGCUCGAUACGCAGACACGCGACGCUCCACCGCCGACAUUCAGCAGCGUUGAGUUGCAACCGUGGCUGCUCUGAUGGCUUCCGCCGAGGCCUAUCCAGAUCUGAUUGCAAAGUGCCAAAAUAUCUCAAAUUCUACAGGAAGAUGGACACGAUUGUCACGAAACUCUUGCAGCGUUUGCGAUCCGUCUGUCGUGUCCAACAGGAAGAGCGUAAACAGCAGGAGGCUGCACGAGAACGCAAUCGCCCCACUCCUGUGACCAACCCACAACCCGAAAUUCCAGACUCUACUGAUGUAACGAGUGGUCCGAAGUUGAAAGAUUUUCUUCAUUUAAUGAAAAAAGAUCGAGUUGGAAUGGAACCAACUUUUAUUCCAACCACCUCGUCAGCAGCUCCACCGGGUUCUGCUGGAGCUGAUGCCGUCGCCCCGUUUAGUUACCCGUAUCAACGUCCGACUCCUCUUGGUACCGAGCAGAGUGAUCGCCAUCCGCAAUCGACGCCCUAUGUGCUUGACGGCAAUUCUUAUUACUAUCAAAAACAAUACUUCACAAAGUGGAUUCCCGCCUUCUGGACCAAAUCUACCUAGACCAACGUAUAGUAGUGGUUUCCAAACAACUGAUAGGCCUAUAGGUCUUCGUCGUUUUCAGCCACCCAACCGGGUGCUUCUAGCUUGGCUCAAUCCAGCUACAAUUAUCUUUCGGCUUCUCCCCUUCAUCAGCAACCCACCACUGCAGUCAAUCCUCAUCCGAUUCCUACUAGCCAACCCCAACAACCGUCUUAUCCAUCAGCAGGAGGUCAGGCGUUAUCUGGGUCAGCAGGAGGAGGAAACAACCCGCCGUCUUUUGGUUCAACUCAACAUAUAUGCAACCUCAGAAUUAUCCACCUACUUCCAACUAUUAUGGUCAAGUUCUUGGUGCGACAUGUUAUGACAUCGCCUUGCCGAUGCAGCAACAAGCGUUUAACAAUCGAGAAGGGCCGUGAUGUCAUCUCUGGCCCCUGGACCAUAACACUUCAAAGUAGUAACAUCCGUUCGUAUUGCCAUGAACGAAUCCUUGGUCUCAGCAAAAACGGAGAAGCCAAACAGCGUGUAUAGUCAUACACUUACAAUUUACAGCCUGGCCUGGAAGUAGCUUUCCCGCUUCGUCUGCCCAGUUUCUUCAAUUGACGAAUGAAGUGCUUCACUGUUGGCAGCAGCAACGAAGCAAAACCCAUCCGAUCGUUGUCCAUUGUCUGGCGGGCGCAGCUGGACGCACUGGUCUUUUUUGCCUCCUCUCUAUGGCCCUCAAUGACCUUACUUCAGGCCAUGGACUGUUGGACGUCGUACGGGUUGCGGCGAGCCUUUGCCAGCAUCGACGCAACAUGUUCGAAGACCGCGAACACUUGCUCUUUGCUUACCAAGCCUUACUUUAUCACGCCCAGGAUUUACUCAUGAAAAGAGGAAUUCUAUCGGGAACGAUUGAAGGAUCCCCUAUAAAGAAACAUCAUCCAUUACAAGAUUUCAUAAAUUCACCGAAUCCAACUACUUCGAGCAAUGCGACACCUGUGUUGGAGGCAGCGGCGAAUGUUUUGAAAGAAACGACAGCAACGAAAGAAGUGGCUCCCCGAGUAACAGAAGAACCAGCAGCGAUAUUGCAAACGACAGACACACCUACGCCAAAAAAGAGCCAGGUUCUAGGGGCGUUGGCGAUCCUUGAUCCGGCAAACUUCACGUUGGACGGCGGCCAAACAAAUCGACACCGCGUUAAAAAAGAAAGUUUUAAAAAACGCCUCUCAGCUCGGUUCAAUGUCUGAUCCUUCUAAUCCACUCAGCCAACUCGAUCCUUUGUGGUCACUGGCUAAAUAAGUUUUUCUGAGUCGAAUUGAAGGCCAUUAUUAUCGAUAGGCUACUACGCUGAUGGCAAAAGAUAGUGAAUUAUAUCUUGCCUCUUUCUUCUUCAUUAUUAUUUAGUAAUCUGAUCAAAUAGCCUCCCAUGCCGACAUAUUAGUGUGUUAGCAACGUCUGAAGAUUUUAACCCGUGGAAGAAUGACAUAUAUUUUGCAUUCCGCCAAGAUUUUUGGAAUUUUAUGAUUGAUGUACCGAAUGGCGAAUACACGUUCAUCAUUAAGUGCCGCUAAAA